AUGCGGCAGAUCUUCUACCACAAGGUUGUCCUCUCCGCGUCACCGCGCCCGGGAAUCUACGCCGCCAUGCUCAUCAUGGAUCGGUCCAUCGGCGCCCUGGCCUUCGCGAUGGCGGAGGACCCCGCGUGGAGGAUGGCACCCUCCCACAAUGGCAUCGAGGAUGCCAUACACCACGACGGCCGCUUCUUGUCCAUCACCUACACGGUCCACGUCGAGGCGUGGCAGCGCAACAUCGAGACCGGUGAGUUCACUAGCGAUGCAGUCGCACCGAGGUUGGCUUACGAGGACCAACAGCUGCACCUCAAGUACCUUGUCGUGUCGAUGGAUGGGCGGCUCAUGGUCGUGCUCAAACACUCUAGGGAUGAGGAAAACCCUAGCCGUCGGUACCGCUCUAACUUCGAGAACACGCGCGUCUUCUUCAAGGUCUAG